AUGACAGCGCCAAACCCCGAGUUUGAGCACUUCUUUCGUUAUACAAGCGGGCGAUGGCUCUGGGAUGAAGAACAACAGCUUCAGAACAGGUAUAAGACCUUCAAUGUUGCUGAGCUUCAAGCCUUAGCAGCCAAGGCCAUUGGCUCCGACGGCUGCGUCUCAAUAAUAAAGUUGGCAGAGGGAGGAUACAACAAGGUCUUCCGUUUGAUUAUGACAGACGGGAAAACCGUGCUUGCCCGUAUCCCAAAUCCAAAUGCCGGCCCCCGGUUUUAUACGACUGCCUCCGAAGUUGCUACUAUGGAGUUCGUAAGUUCAUCCUUCCACUUUCAAGCGCAGGAGGCGACUGGCUUAUACUCCUGCAAGGCUCGAGAUUUCCUCCAUAUUCCCGUGCCUUACGUGUUGGGUUGGAGCGCUACAUCUAAUAACCCCGUUGGCUCGGAAUAUAUUCUCAUGGAAGAGGCGACCGGCACACAGCUUGGAGUACUUUGGGAUGAGCUCAGUCCUGAUCUCAAACUCUCCAUUAUGCGAGAGGUAGUGUCCAUUGAGUCAAAGAUGCUGUCGGUGUCGUUUUCACACUUUGGCAGCAUAUAUUUUGCGAGCGACGCCGUGGAGGGUGCAGUUCCAGCUCAAGUUACCAGCGAGGCGUCCCCCGAACUGAAAGAGAAGAUAUACGAGAAGUUCAGUAUCGGACCUACUGUUGACAGGGACUUUUGGCACAAACAGCGCUCUUCGAUGGAUAUCUCGCGGGGACCCUGGUCAAUUCCCAAGGAUUAUGCGUUAUGUGUUGGCUGGCGUGAAAUACAAUGGAUUAAAAAUUACGCGGUUCCGAAACCACCCAGCGAGGCUAUGUUGGUCUCAUCAGCUCAAAAUAGCCCACAAUCACAUCUGCAGCUGCUGGAGAAAUACCUCAAAGUGGCACCUUCCAUUGUGGACAUUGAACCCAUCCUCAGUCGCCCUACGUUGUGGCAUGGAGACCUUCACUCCUCAAAUUUUUUUGUGAAAGAUGGUCAUAUAACGGCUGUCAUUGAUUGGCAAGGCACGUGGGCUGGGCCACUCUUCCUUCAAGCUCAGCCAUCCCCGCUUGUUGACUACCAAGGUGACAUUUUACUUCAACGCCCGGACAACUUUGACGACCUUGACCCUGAGCAACAAGCUCAGAUUAAACGAAAAAUAUUCAAAUCGACGCUAUACCAGCUUUAUCUGCUGGAAACCGAGAAACGCAACCCCUUGCUUACAAAAGCAUUCCAUAUGGACCAUGGAAAAACAAGGCGUCUUUCGGUUCAACUGGCCGGGAAUACAUGGGAUGAUGACAUUGUCUCUUUUCGGGAGGCGCUCAUCAACAUUGAAAGGUUUUGGCACGAGCUGGGCAUUCAAGGUGGAUGCCCGUAUCACUACACACAGGAUGAACUACAUAACCACGCGGUCGACGCAGAGGGCUGGAAUGAGGUCCAGGACUUUUUUGACAGUAUUGAAGGCCUUGUUCAAAGGGAUGGCUGGACACAUCCUGACACGUUCGAUGCAGCCUUUGAAUUCUUCUCAGAACUCAGAAAACGGGGUCUCGAGCGUAUGAAAGGCGAAGAAAAGCACAUUUUCGAAAAACAGACCCGUUGGGCCAAAUGA